UACGGACAGUCGUUCAGCGAACAGACAGUAGCAACCUGUUGGCGCUGCUUUGGGCCGCGCCGGCACGCAAAUGGCGCAAACCGAAAGUGCUGAGGUACGCGAUGGCACCGCGAAGAUGGCAACUGCGGCCGAGCAGCGCACGGAACGAUGGUACCGCAAGAUUUCCGUCGAACCGUCCAUGUUCCUCUACAUGAUGGCGUUUAUGCUGACGUCGGUGGUGGAACAGGCGUUCUUCCUAUACAAGGCGUGCACCGUCGACCAUGGGUACACGCACGAGGUGUGUCUCAACAUCGAGCAGCACCAGGACAUCAAGAAGGAGGUUCAGGUGACGACGUCCACCUUUCACCAGUGGAACAACAUCGCGAUGUACGUGGUACCGAUAAUUCUGGCGCUCUUUCUCGGCGCGUGGUCCGAUCGGCGAGGCCGUAAGCUGCCGCUCAUCCUCGGGCUUACCGGGAAGUUUAUCUACUCGCUGAUGGUGGUGGUGAACACGCGGAUGCCCGCGUGGCCGGUGGAGUACAUUAUCUACACCGCGACCAUCCCCAGUGUGCUGACGGGGGCCGACAUUGCGAUCUUCGCUUCCUGCUUCGCGUACAUCUCCGACAUCACGACGGUCGAGGAGCGCACGCUCCGCAUCACCAUCCUCGAUGCGACCUACCUUAGCACGAUGCCGAUCGGAGUGGCCCUCGGCAACCUGAUCUUCAACCGUACGGGCAAAUCGUACACGAUCAUGUUCGCCAUCAAUGCUUCGCUGCUGGCCUGUUCGAUCCUCUACUCGGCACUCUGUCUAAAGUCGCGCACAACCGAGCGCCAGUGUUCGAUCCGCGAGCUGCCCUGGUACCGGAUGCCGCUCGAUUUCUUCGACCGUCAGCACGUUGUCCGCUCGGUGCAAACAUUCGUGAAGCGGCGCACGCUGCACCGGCGCACCUACCUGUACCUGCUGAUGGUCGCGAUGUCCUUCUACACGUUCCAGCGUGACGAGAAGCCGAAAAUGUAUCUCUACACACAGCUGCGCUUCGACUGGGACACGGAUCUGUACAGUUACUUCAAAACGUACCAAUCGGCCGCGUACGUCGUGAUGAUGUUUCUCGGUGUGCCGUUGUUUACGCGCGUGCUCGGCCUGAAGGACACGAUCAUCAUCAUGAUCGGGGCGCUGGCGCACGCCAGUGCCCGGUUUGUGUACAUCUUCGCCCAGGUCGGCUGGGUGCUGUACAUUGGGGCCACCAUCUCGAGCGUGGGCCCCGUCGUUGCGCCGGUGCUGCGAUCGAUGAUUUCGAAGAUGGUGCCCACGAACGAGCGCGGCAUCAUCUUCUCGUUUCUGUCCGUGUUCGACAACGCCGUGCCACUGCUGAGCGGGGUGCUGUACACGCAGGUGUACAACGCCUCGAUCGACACGUUCCCGCAGGCGAUCUUCCUGCUAACGAUGGGCACCCAGAUGAUCGUUUUUUUCAUCGCAGUGGCCAUCCAUUUCUCCAUCCGUGGCCGAUCGCUGGAUGAGUGCGAACCGACGAACGGGAAGCAACCGUGCACGACACUGAUCGACGACGCGAAGGAUCCCGCGAUCGAUGAUGAGCUUCCCGGCACGGGCCAACGUUAUCUUUAGUCUGCUUUGACCAGCAAACCCCACAAUUGCCAACGUCUUCCUGCGGUCCAUAGGAUCGCACGCACACGAGAAGGAUACGUGAUAAAAUGCCACUUUUAUUAUCCACUUGGCCACCCUGAAAGAGACUGCCCGACGGGAGGCGGAUACUUCCCUUCCUGCACAGCUCAGUAGCGACUCGUGGUGCCUUUGUCGGCGAAGCACACCCGCAGCGAUUCCUCCGCCACGUGGGUCGGUUUGUGCGGCGGGACGGCCACCUGCAUGAAGAUGUUGAUGCCUCGCGUCAACAGCUCGAUCGCUUGAUCGAUUUGCUCGUUCUGGAAUGGAAGCGUAGUGUUCACAUUUUGAUAUUAGUCUCUAAUAAAUGGGCCGUUU